AUGGCGGUGACAGAAACCUCACAGGAACACAGCCGCACGGCUCGUCGGCGGCCAUUUACUACCUGGGUCAAGAAGCUCGCACACUUCAAGGGCGGCGCGUCCUCGUCCUCGUCCGCCUCGGGUGCCGCGCGGCACCUCGGCAAGUCGUCGGCAGCCACCAAGAAGCGCCCGUCCAAGAACAACAAUCCCUACCCGCUGUCUGGCCGCCUCGGCGUCAUCGACAACCCCAACCGCUUCGCCAGCGACGGCGAGGACGAGAAUGACGAGAGCAGCGAGCACUACUACAGCGGGCCGCACCGCAGCCAACCCUCGUUUGCGGGCCACAGCGGCGCGACGCCCAGCUCCAUGUCCAUUGGGCGCAGCCGCCGCAGCAGCCUGAUCGAGUCGGCCAGCGACGACGGCCGGGCACCACCCACGGCGGGCGCUCUGUCGGUGGCGCCGACCGUAUCGACCGACCACGGCACGCCGCGGUCGGUGCUGGCACCCAGUGCCGGGGCGGCGUCGUCGAUUACAGGCACGAGUCGGACGAUUAACGGUCCCGGAUCGCGGCGCGGCGGCGACAGCACAUUUUCGUCGCCGGCGCCGUCGGUACGCUCGCUGACGACGACAUUGACAACAAUACAAUCGCUGGCUCCCGCAGCUGCUAUGGGCCAGGCAAAUGGUGUUGGUGGGGGCGGCGGCGGAGGUGCCGCUAGCAACGGCACCGCCAGCGUCGGCAUGACGUUUAGCAACCACCUCGGACCGCCGUCUGGCCACGGCCACAGCCACCACCACCACACCGCGUCACAGCAGAGCAACGGCACGCAGACCAUCCAGUUCCACCAGCCGUUCCCCAGCACCCCGGCGUCGGCCAUCCCCUCGCACCUCACGCCCCUUCCCCACAAUGCCGGCCCCGGCCACCCGGCCACCUACUCGACGGCCACCGCCAACAACCUGCUGACCGACAACGCGUCCAUCUUGACGCUGGCGUCGUCCAGCAAGCGCCGCCGUCGGCGGUCCAUUGACACCGACGCGUCUGUGCGCGCGCUGGCGCCGUCGUCGCUGUUUGGCGGCAGCCGCGAGAGUCUGCCGCUGUCGGUGCUGUCGGCCAACAUGGAGGGCCCGUCGUCGACGUCGGCGCUGAUGCCCAGCACGUCGGCCAGCAGCAAUGCCAACGCACAAGGCCCUGCACCCGGCGGGCCGGUGGCGCUGCACGCGACCAACAGCCGCAUGAGCGUCGCCAGCGCCGGCCUGGCGAGCCCCGCCGCGGUGGCAGCCGCCGCCGAGCGCACGAGCAUCUACAGCGCCACGGGGACAGGCAUGCUGGGCGGUGGCGACCGCAAUAGCUUUUAUGCGCGGCAGAGUCUGGGCGGCGGCGGCGGCGGCGGUGUGGCCGGCGACGGGGCCAGCAUCCGCAGUGGUCGUAGUGGACGCAGCGGGUUCCUUGGCCACGGGCGGUCCGAGAGCAUCACCGGUAGCAUUGGUGGCAGCCUGACGAGUCCGCUGGCCAGUCCGCUAGCCAGUCCGCGCGAGACAGAGGCAGAAGAGGCAUCGACCGAUCUCAUUACGUCUGUCGCGACCGUCAAGACUGCCGUCACGGACGACGCAGUCAACGGCGAGGCCGCCGCGAAGGCUGAUGAGGAGAAGUGA